UUACAAACUCGCAACAUUAUCAGGGCUAGGGUCUCUAGCGAUAGGCGACUCGUUGGCGCGGUGUAUUGGGUAUUUAAACUCCAUAUCGCAACAUCCGACGCCUGUUCCUUUUCCAGAAGCAUUCGAAGACCAUGUGCGGAGUUUGGGACAAAUAUGCCAUACUGACGGAUGACGCAUCCCUCAGAUAUAAACGCAUGCGCAUUUACUGGUUGGCACUAGUUCAGCGAGAACGUCAUCAAUAUCACUUUUAAAUAUUAUUCUGUUCAAAAUGUCAGUCUAACGUUUGACAAUGGUAACAACGUGUUGUGUUCCGGGGUGCAAGAACAGGUUCAAUAAGGGGUCAAGCCGAGAAUUUUACAGGAUUCCUUGUGAUCUUGAAACAAGAACGAAAUGGACACUUGCAAUAUUCGAAGAUGCAAACCUAACACCAAGCAAUUACAGCCGUAUUUGUGGGGAUCAUUUCAUCACAGGAAUGAGGAGCACUGAUCCCACCCAUCCAGACCAUGUUCCAUCUCUCUUCCCAACAACAACUACUCAAGAACAUCAGCUUCUCAAGGACCAAUACACCUUGUUUCGGAAAAAGCAAGAAAAAUCUCUGUCAGCGGCUUCCAAUGAUCUUCAUGCUGUGAAUCAAUUGUGGCUGGAAAAGGGAUGGAAACAAGACUCCAUCGACAAGUUGUUCUCGGAUGAUACAAGUCCCAAAUCACACAACCCCAUCCAAACACACACACCAAACCCUUUGACCAACACUCUUACACAACCACAGCCCCCAAAAGACUAUAGUCUGUUAAAUUUUAUGCAUUCACCUACAAAUCAGAAGGCACCAGAGGAGUUUCUUGUCCUUGAUAGAGGAUUCGGUCAGAGGAAAAUGGUGGUUCGUCUGUCCCGCCCUGUCAAAUAUGUGUCUACUACUCCUCCAACUCAAGCUGGGCAGGACAUCAGAGCCUCAAUGAAGGAUGGCAUAUACCAGUACGUCAGUUUACUUGAUAAUACGAAUGAGACUCCGAAACUAAAAGUGCCUGUCAUACCGGUGAAGAAAGAUAAGUGUAUUCAAGUUGAUGCAUAUGUAGAUGCUCCUUACAAUAACAGUCCAGAGGAGUUAUCCAAUGUUAGACUUGUAGAAGGCAUGAAAAGUUUGGCAACUGUUCAGGAAGGGUCUUCACAGGUAGAAGCUUGUGCUGGAUAUACUAAAAACUCUGUCAGAGAAGUUGAGGAUGAAGCAUCAUCUGUGGACAAAUCUGUAUCAGCAGCAGCUGAUUCAACUGAAGCUAUAAGUGCAUGUGGACUAAUUCUAAAAAAUUCAGAUAGUUUUCAAACUGGAAAUGAACCUCCAUUUAGUGUAAUGGAAAAUGGUAUGGAUAAAUGUGCACAGACAGAUUAUGAUCAUGCUGGCCAGAGAGAAGAGACGAACACAUCAGCAUGUGCUGGAGAAGAAAGUGGGAAAAUAUUAACAGUGAAGGAGAUAGGACCGGAUUGUGAUCAGAUUCAGUACACAUCGGCGAUGGAUCAUGCAUACCAUCAUAAUGGUCUGAACAGACCGAUGGAGAUUCAUAUCUCAAAGUCGUAUACCAUAUCAUCAAAUGCAAUGCUUUGCUCCAGUCAGACAUGCAUUGACACUUCUUCAAACCCAGUUUAUAAAUAUGAAUAUCGUGUUGUUUUUGGACAAAAUGUUGUCAAAAGGAGAAAAUGUUUGAAAGAUGUUUCUACCCAGACUGACGGGAGAGGUUGCAAAGCUCAGGUGAUGAUGGAAGCAGAAAGACUAACUUUGGUAGAGGAGAUGCUACAACUCCAUGACAAGGUCGUUGCAAGGUCGUACACAAUGGAUUCCUUUCAAAGUAACCAAGAAAAGGUGCAGUUUUACACUGGGUUUUCUAAUUUUGAGACUUUGAUGGGACUGUUUGAUUCUUUAUUACCUCACAUGUGUCAGCGCACCCAACAAGGCCCUGACCCCUUCGAGUUGUUCGUUCUCACCUUGAUAAAACUCAGACUGGGGAUCAAGAUGAAGGACAUUGCUUACCAAACCGUAAUCACAACUGCUAAACUUUGUACAGCAGUGACACAAUGGUUUAAUUUAAUGUAUUGCUGUCUUUCACCCUUGAUCGACCUUCCUGACCCAAAGUACCAGACGCUUAGUUUCUUUUUAGAAAAAAUUAACCGUCUAAAGUCAAGGUACUUCAUCCUUCAGCAUGUUCAGAGCAAUCUGAAGAGCUCAGACUCCUGGUUGAUGUCAAAGGGAGUGAAGGAUGUGGUAGUGGUGUGUGAUGUCCUCAGCCAGUUCUAUGUGGCUGGUGAGGGUGAUUCUGCUGAUGUGGAUAUGAAGGACAUCCGUGAUCCAUUCCAACUUCCUGAACCACAGAGUGAGGAGGAGUCUUUAGAAUCAGAAUCAUCAGAUGCAGAAUCAGAUGCAGGUGUAGACGCAGUAGCAGAAGACAUUGAUGACUCAAACACCGAAGAUGUGCUCACCAACAUUGAGGAUAGGCAAAAAAGAGGCUCAAUUCAUUUGGAUAUGCAAAUUAGCGGUUCCUUUGGUGAUGACCUGUCAAUGUCAAGCAAUAACUACAGUCACCAAGAUGAACUUGGCAGCUGUUCUGUUGAUAGGGCUGUGAUCAGUCGGACAGGUCUGGAUAGUGUCUCCUCCUGCAGCAGAUCAACGGACUCUGUCAACUUCAAUCAGUCAACACCCCUGCCUCUGGAGACUCUGCAGAGAUGCGCUGGACCUUCUCAUGAUGUGAUGGAUGUUGACACUCCAGCAGGACCAGGUGAUAACAGUUGGUCUGCCCCCCAGGUCAGUGUUAAUACUCUUCAUAAGACAAUUUCCUUCUUGGGGACUAGACUCCAUACUGGCAAAGAUGUUGGCAUGGAAGAUGACAAGGACAGCCAAUCAGAAGAAAAGUCUUCAGAAAAAAAUAUAGUUUUAACAUGGGACAUUUCACCAACUGUUUCACCAGAAAUUACCCCAUCUAAAAAGCUUCAUCCUGGCAAGGAUGUUGACAUGGACGAUGACAAGGACAGCCAAUCAGAAGAAAAUCCUUCAGAAAAAAAUAUAGUUUUAACAUGGGACAUUUCACCAACCGUUUCACCAGAAAUUACCCCAUCUGAAAAGCUUCAUCCUGGCAAGGAUGUUGACAUGGAGGAUGACAAGGACAGCCAAUCAGAAGAAAAGUCUUCAGAAAAAAAUAUGGUUUUAACAUGGGACAUUUCACCAACUGUUUCACCAGAAAUUACCCCAUCUAAAAAGCUUCAUCCUGGCAAGGAUGUUGACAUGGAGGAUGACAAGGACAGCCAAUCGACAGAAAACUCUUCAGAAAAUAAGACAGUUUUAAAAUGGGACAUUUCACCAGAAUCUUUUUCAUCUAAAAAGAAGCAUGGUAAGAAACUACCUUUUGUCCUUGGUGAUCAUUGUUACUUUCAAGAUGAAACUCCAGAAAGUGUGCAAAUGGAUAACAGCUAUCACACAUAUUGUUAUCAAGACCAUGAUAACACACCUCACUGUCUGGAGAAACGUUUAGAAAUUAUGGAAACGGUGAUAAAUGAUCAUACAUAUCUUUGUCGAGACAAAACUGCAGACAAUAGGAAAAUACUGAAAAAAGGAAGAUUGAAAAGUAGAUAUUUCGAUAAUUAUGAUCAUGCAUAUUCCUGCAGAGACAAAAGAAUUGUGGAAAGAACACCACAAAGUGUGGAAAAUUAUCAAUCCCAUGGCCAUAGUCAAGUUUUGACCAUGGUGAGAAGUGACCAUGCAUACUGUGUGGACAAUAGCACAGUGAAAAUGGAAGAAACGGUUCCAGAUCAGUAGAGAUGUGAGACUUGGAGUGUGUGGUGGCAAGUCGGGAUGGUCGAUGUUGAUGACUUGACCAUCAUUGUUUGUCAUAAAUGAUAUGGCCUAAUGGCAUGUAGAUUAUUCAUCACUGACUAGACAUUUGUGGCCCUGUGGUCUAUGGCUCCAAAAUAUUGCAGGUCAGAGUUGCAUCCCCUUGUUAUGGAAGAAUCUGCCACUCAGGGGUUUUAAUAUGAUAAUGAUCAUUGGUUUGUUAGUACCAUAUCCAUAAUCAUGUGCCUUUGACUUGUAUAACUUUAAAGGGUUCGGAAUUAAUUAGUCCAGCAGUUCGAGGCCAGUAAAAUUCUGGAAAGACCCAUGACAUUUCUAAUGGGCUACUUCUUUUACCAUCAGGUAGAUGGCAGCUCUGCAGCAGCUUGUUUGCAGACUGGUGAAAAUAAGAAUUUAUUUGAAACCCUUCCUUUGACCAUUCUCCCUCAUUAACCUGACAUGCUGUGAUGUAAAUGAAAGUGUUUCAAGUUGAAUCCAUUACACUAUUCAUCAUUGGCCGAUAUGCUGAAACAGUAUGCAAUAUCCUCAAUGAUGUUCCUAUUGGACUUCACAGAGUCAGCAUUCCGAUGGGUCCAUGAACACAAUGUGGAUUUGAGUGCUUGAAGUUUGCAUCAACUGAUGGGCAGCAAUGUAUAUAAAUGUUAAGUCAAAUACGUAA